UUAGAUUCGACAUUAUGAAGACGGUGAUAAGUUUGUUUCACUCUGUUGCAUAGAAAAAUUAUUGUCUCUUCACUUUUGCGACAUGCGGUGGCACUGCAGACCAUGACUUUGAGAGUUCUCUGAGCUCCUCCUUUACAGCAUCAGAACAAGAGUAAAUGCGUUGAAGAGUGUAAAUAACCAAGGCUUAUAGUCCUUUCUGCGUCGUGAUGUCGGAUUGUAUCAAGAAAAAUCUGUUGACCUAUUUUAGUCUUUUUACACUAAAUAAAUUGCAAGACAUUUUGCUGCACAAUCAUGGAUAUUACAGUAUCCUAUGGCUUCUGGGUCGUUUUAUUUCUGUCUUUAUGGAAAUCUUCGCUUGGCCAAUUGUCCGUCUCCGAGGAGGUAAAUAAAGGAACUGUGUUCGGGAAUAUAGCAAAAGGCUAGCUGAAGGUCAGUGAUCAGGAACUAGAAUCACGCAUGUUUCAGAUAAUGCCUGGAUCAAAUGCAAAGUCUUUUGAUGUAAAUGUAAAAACGGACUCGCUGUUUGUCAAAGACCGGAUUGAUCGUGAGGAGUUGUGUGGCAGUAAUCAGAAAUGUACGUUGAAAUUAGAGGCUCUUGUUCAGAAUCCUCACAGACUUUACCGACUUGAAAUUAUAAUUGUGGAUGUGAACGACAAUUCUCUCUUUUUUUUUUCAGACAGCAAGCAUGUUGUCAAUGUUACAGAGAAUGCAGAUGAUUGGGAACGAUUUCCUCUUCCUAUUGCAAAAGAUCCAGAUGUUGGCAGCAAUUAUCUGAAAGACUACAAACUCAAUUUUUCUUUAGAUGUUAAUAGCGGGCAACAGAUGUUAGCUGAGUUAUUGCCACAGAACGCUUUAGACAGAGAGAAACAAGCUGUUAUCCACUUAAUACUCACUGCUAUUGACGGAGGAAAACCUCCUAAAUCUGGAACACUGAAAAUUGUUAUUGACGUCAUGGAUGUAAAUGAUAAUAAACCUAUUUUCACCAAAAGUUGUCGAUGAGAAUGACAAUGCUCCAGAAAUAGUCACUACUCUGUUGGAAAGUGUGAAAGAAGACACAACGUCAGGAACUGCUCUUGCCUUAAUUGCAGUGGCUGAUAAAGAUGGAGUUAAAAAUGGUAUUGUACACUGUGCACUGAAAGGCUUGGAUCUUUUCAAACUGGAGACGUCAUAUAACAAUUAUUAUUCUCUAGUGAUAGAUGGGCCUCUGGACAGAGAGAGUGUUUCUCUGUGUAACAUCACAAUUAUAGGUGCAGAUGAAGGAACUCCGCCUCUUUCCAGCAGCACUCUUAUAACUGUACAUAUCUCUAAUGUUAAUGACAAUGCUCCACAUUUCCCAGCUCCCGUUAUUGACGCUUUUCUAAGUGAGAAUGGUCAAGCUGGAGGUCUGGUGACAAAAGUGUUACAUAUUACGUUAUUUCUGGGACCAAUAGUUUGCUGGUUUUCGUGCAAGUCAGCAAGUCAUUGACAGAUUAUCCACCCCAUU